AUGCACACGCACAUGCAAAUGCACAUGCAAAUACAGACGCACACACGAACCCGCCGACCCCGCACCAAUACCACCAAUACCACCACAACCAUCUCCAGCAUCACCACCACCGCCACACAACAUGCCUUCCAAGCCAAACACUUCGUCUGCACAGGCCUCAAGGGCAUGAACGCCGAGCAGCAAGCGAGAGCCCUCCAGGUCGCGGCGAAGUAUAAAAGAAAGUUUGAGGGAGGGGAGUGGAAGGGGGUUAUGGUGAGGAUGCGGAAGAGCGUGCGUGAUGGUUGUAGAGAUACUCCUAAGAACAGUCUCGCUUCGACCACCUCCACUGGACGGCCGUUACCGAAGUCCAGUGCUAAGCUCACCUCCCCACCCCGCACCCGCUGGGACAUCCUCCCCCCCGGCGCCCCGCCCCCCCUCUCCCAAACCCCAACCUACAACGCCUUCACCCCCACCGGCUUCUGGUCCUCCCUAACCCGCACCCCCACUCCCAUCACGAAACCCAACCCACACACCCCCCAAACAGCCAUCCACCACCCCCCCGUCAUCCCCCGCGACACACGCUCAAACGCAACAUACCACGCCCUCCUCGCCGACGUCGAGCACCUCGCCCGCGGCGCCUGCGCACAACGCCUCGGCUUCUCCGCGCGCACGGGCAGUGACAGAAUCUUCCGCACCGCGAUCGUCAGCGCGGAAGAUCGCGUGCGGGGCGCUGAGCGCGCGCUGGAAGGAUGCCGUGCGCCGGGCGUGCAGGAGGAUGUUAUGGUGCGGUGGGGCGAGAUUGUCGAGCAGGAGGAUCGUGCUGUGAGGCGGUGGGAGAGGGGGUGCUUUGGUCGCGCGAAGGGAAAGAAUGAGGAGGUGGUGGAGGAGGAGUUGCCGCAAGCGAAGUUCAGACGCGGGGGGAUUAUUACGGGCGCGGAUUCUAGGGCUAGGGCGCUGGAGGGGUCGAGGGUGGGGAUGGGGGGGCUGCUUAAGUUGCCGCAGGGUGCGUUGAGGGUUGUGUGGGCGACGAGGAUAUUGGAGGAUAUGCUUAGGUUAGCUGAGGAGGAGAGGUUGGCUGAGGCGGAGGGGGAUGAUGAGGACGAGGGGUAUGAGUAUGGGAAUUUUGUGCGGAGUAUAAGGCGGGAGGCGAGUUUGGCGGAGACGGUGCGGAGUGAGAGUACCAGCGAGACUGCGACUGAGCGUGGGAGUGUGGAUGGAGAUGUGAGGUUGAGCGGCACGACGUAUACGAGUACUACGCGACACUCACAGUACUACCCCCACCACCACCACUACUCACAACAAGAAGCGACCCCCGAGCCUCGUAACACAAGGAACGACCUCCCCCUCCGAUCAAUCCAUUCCAGCCAUUCCAGUCUCACCCACCACCGCAGCACAAGCACCGACACAAUCAAGACAUCGAUUUAUAUCCCCGAACAUAACGACAACACCGACGACGGCGCAGAAAUAACACCCGGACCCAGCCCAGAGGAGAAAGGCUUCCGCCAUCGUGCGCCGGGUUUCUCCCAGUUAUCAAGCUGGGCACAUAGCUUGAGGGAGACUCGAUCUACAUCUCCAUCUCCAUCUCCAUCCAGGACCGCGAGGCAGGGAAAUGAAAACGAACAAGGAGAUGAACACGAACACAGGCAGGAGGAAACCGAACAGCAACAUGUCAAACAAGAAGUUGGAAAUCCGACAGAGCAGGGAAGCCCCCCACUGAGUCCCUGGUCCCUCGCGAGAAGUAAAACGAGGAUCACACCCACUGCGUUCUUGUUCCGCCGCGCUAUCCCGCUCCCUGGGAGUGAGGGGGUGGGUGUACCGCGUUCGUCGGUGACGGUGUCGUCGGUGUGGUCUUCUUCUUCGUCUGAGGAUGAGGAGGAGGUUGUGGACAUGGACGAAGAUGGAAAUGUCGAUGAGGAUGAAGAUGUAGAUGGAAGUGUAAGUGCGCACCCUCUCAUUCCGGCGUCUGCUUCUUUUUCUGCUUCUGCUUCUGCUUUUACUUCUUCUUCUGCUUCUCCUUCUCCUUCUCCCCCUCCUUUCCGUCUUUUUCCAGCCACUCCUUCUACCUCUGCCUCUGCAUCCAUUCCGAGUCUACACAACACACCACGCACCUCGUCGUCGGGAGAACAACACCGCCGCUCCACAUCCAGCACCCGCACGCGUAUCCUGCGCCCCGCGUCGCGCGAGAGCGAGGAGGAGUGGGCGAGUGUGUUGAGUGGGAUGGAGGAGCGGGAGAGGGAGAGGCGGGUUUGUGAGGGGAGGGCGUGGGGGGAGAGGGUCAGGGGGAGGGACUUGGAGGGUGGAGGGGGGAGGUGA